GGCUUACAACAGCCGGCGGCCCAUUAUUCCCAUUUUUCAGCUUCCGGCUUUAUUUGUACGUUACUCUCGGCCUUGCCGUUACUAACGGUUAACGGACCCUGACCCUUUCGCAAUAUUUUAUCUGGUGCUAUGUUUCAAAAUUUGAACAAACCUUCUUCACUGUUCAGUACAUCUUCACUCUUCAGCCUUCACCCCAGUCCCCAGAUCCAGAAAACUUCUAGCUCAAAACCACAAUUUUCUUUCAGAGAUCUAUCUCCUUAUACAUGAAAAUUUGUUGCAUUUGAUGGAGUUUACAGAAACUUAUAAGCAGUCUGGUCCGUGCUGUUUCUCCCCAAAUGCUCGAUACCUUGCAGUUGCAGUCGAUUAUCGCCUCGUGAUUCGGGAUGUUCUUACACUUAAGGUGGUGCAGUUAUUUUCAUGUUUGGAUAAGAUCAGCUAUAUCGAAUGGGCUGUUGAUUCUGAAUACAUACUUUGUGGUCUAUAUAAGAGACCAAUGAUACAGGUGUGGUCAUUGACACAACCCGAGUGGACAUGCAAAAUAGAUGAAGGUCCAGCUGGUAUUGCUUAUGCUAGGUGGAGUCCUGACAGCCGCCACAUACUGACCACUUCUGAGUUCCAAUUGCGGUUAACAGUUUGGUCACUAUUGAACACAGCAUGUAUACAUGUGCAGUGGCCAAAACAUGCUUCUAAAGGAGUAUCUUUUACCAAGGAUGGAAAAUUUGCUGCAAUUUGCACUAGACGUGACUGCAAAGACUAUGUUAAUCUGCUCUCUUGCCACACAUGGGAGGUAAUGGGUGUUUUUGCUGUCGACACAUUGGAUUUGGCUGAUAUUGAGUGGUCACCAGAUGACAGUGCCAUUGUUAUCUGGGAUUCUCCUCUUGAAUAUAAGGUUGUGAUUUACUCUCCAGAUGGGAGAUGCCUAUCUAAGUAUCAAGCAUAUGAAAGUGGACUCGGUGUAAAAAGCGUUUCAUGGUCCCCCUGUGGCCAGUAUUUAGCAGUGGGAAGUUAUGACCAGAUGGUACGGGUUUUGAGUCACCUGACAUGGAAAGUAUUUGCAGAAUUUACGCACCUAUCUACCGUUCGUGCUCCUUGUUGUGCCCCUGUUUUUAAGGAGGUGGAUGAACCAUUGCAACUUUACAUGUCUGAAUUAUCUUUGACUGAAGAUUUUAUGCAACGCAAUUCUGAGAAUGAGCCUGAAGGACACAUCCAAGUCAGGUAUGACGUAAUGGAAAUGCCCAUUACCUUGCCAUUCCAGAAGCCUCUUGCAGACAAACCAAACCCAAAACAAGGAAUUGGUCUCUUGUCUUGGAGCAGUGACAGCCAAUUUAUAUGUACUCGCAAUGACAGUAUGCCAACUGUUCUUUGGAUAUGGGACAUCCACCAUCUUGAGCUUGCUGCCAUCUUGGUACAAAAAGAUCCCAUUCGAGCAGCAGCAUGGGACCCUACAUGCACGCGGCUUGUUUUGUGCACGGGAAGCUCACACUUGUACAUGUGGACGCCCUCUGGUGCUUACUGCGUCAGUGUUCCAUUACCGCAAUUUACUGUGACUGAUCUGAAAUGGAAUUUAGACGGGAGCUGUCUUCUUGUUAAGGACAAGGAGUCAUUUUGCUGUGCUGCUGUGCCCAUGCUACCAGACUCUAGUGAAUAUAGCUCAGAUGAUUGAGGCUUGCAUCUUUCUCCAGGCUUGCUUGUUUAAAUUUUGUUGUAUCAAAUAACCGAUAAUUUUGAUCAAAUGAUUAGAGGUUGCAGCAGCUCUCAGUUUGUGCUGAAAGAUGUAUGGUAGCUAAAGAGUAUUCAGUGACGGUGCUAGUUUUAGCACUCGGUGUCAUAGACUUGCGAGCUUCUUGUCUCUUGUAAAUUAUCCCAUUCUGUGUUGUAGAUCGUUGAUGAAGCCUGAAAACUAAGAGCCCAAGCCCUACAAGCACUUGCUGUUGACUAACAGCCCACGGUCACUGGUUAAUCGCGAACUCCCUCAAGCUUAUGAGAAUCAGCAUUCAUCUCUAGUAAGUCUGCUCUAUGAUAACCAAUCUCUGCUUAUUUGGGAGAUCAUAACUAUUGUCUACAUUAUUUAUCAUAUUACCUCAGUGUGGUUGUCACUUGCCACAGAGCGAUAAGUGCCCGAGUAUAGAAGUCUUGUUGUAACAGAAUUGUCGUAAGUUUACUAGUCUACUUAAUGGUAAGCUGUUUGGAUAAGCACCUUUUAACGUGCUUUUUAUGUAAUCUGAUGUCCUG